GAUAUACUUGGACCCAUUGUUUAAGUUUUUCCAUCUCUCACCAUGCUGAAAAUUGAGCUGAACAUGAUUUCCACAAGGGUGAUGGACAUUAAGCUUCGAGAAGCUGCAGAAGGCCUUGGAGAGGACAGCACAGGAAAGAAAAAGUCCAAGUUCAAGACGUUUAAGAAGUUCUUCGGGAAGAAGAAGAGAAAGGAAUCGCCAUCUGCCACAGGGAAUAGCGCCUGGAAGCAAAGUCAGGCGAAGAGUGAGGUGAUUGCCAUCGAGUCGGGACCAGUAGGCUAUGACUCAGAAGAUGAGCUCGAGGAGUCGAGGGGCGCCCUGGGCAGCCGGGCCCUGUCACACGACAGUAUUUUCAUUCCUGAGUCGGGACAGGACCCUACUCGGCCUGUGCGGGUAUUUUCCCAAGAAAACGUGUGUGACCGGAUUAAAGCCCUGCAGCUAAAAAUACAGUGUAAUGUGAAAAUGGGACCACCACCUCCUCCGGGGGGCCUUCCUGCCAAGCGGGGAGAGGAUGCUGGCAUGAGUUCCGAGGAUGAUGGUCUGCCCAGGAGUCCCCCAGAGAUGUCCCUGCUGCCUGACAUCGGUCCCGGCACAACCAUAAAGGUCUCUGUAGUUCCCUCGUCCCGGCCACAGUCUCCAGACCAGCUCCUCUCCAGACAGGCCAGCGACGCCAGUGUCUCCCCCCGCACCUCGGACAGCAGCUUGGCACCCGUGGCUGAUUUCGAUUACCCUCCAGAAUUCUCCUCCUGCCUGGACAACUCUGCAGCUAAGCACAAGCUCCUGGUUAAGCCCCGCAACCAACGGUCCAGCAAGAUGAGGCGGCUGUCUUCGCGAGCACAGUCUGAAUCCCUUAGUGAUCUGACGUGUACCCCAGAGGAGGAGGAGUAUGAUGAGAAGUCAUUACCCAGAGUCAACACAGAAGAGAGUCCCAAUUCUGCACAGCAGGACACGGUAGCGGACAGAAGCCCAGAGCCCCGGGGGCCGGUCACCGUGCUGCAGCCUGGAGGGCCUCGGGCUCGGCGGGCCCGCCUGCAGCACUGCCCAGCACUCAGUGCCAGCGCCGAGGAGGAGGAGGAGAGCUUCCUUGGGGAUAACCCCGCAAGCCGCCCGGCCACCCCUGAGGUCCCCGAGCCCGAGGCCGUCGCAGCCCCCUGCCCGGAGUCCACAUCUCUGCCCGAAGGCUCCCCGCACCACAAUCCCAAGAGCGAAAACCAGGGGGAGGAGGUGUCCCUGGAAAGCACGUGUCCCCCGGCCAGGGAAGCAGCGGAUGAGGUGGCUUGCGCUUCUGGAGAUGUGGAGAUUCGGUUAUCUCCCUCCAUCCCCGAGGGGGACGCGGCCCCUGCCGAGACUGCGCCCGCCACCACCUCGGACGGUGCCCCUGGUCCAGACGCGCCCGACCAAAGUGUCCAGGUGGAGCUGGAGCUGGAGCUGACGCUGGAAGCGCCGGGGCCCGAGGGAGCAGGGAAGGGAUGUCCCGAGGCCCCGAGCGCCCCGAGCCCCCCGGCCCCCAAGAGCUGCUUGAAGCACAAGGCCCCGGCGGCCCCGGCGGCCCCGGCGGCCCCGGCGGCGAGCGCGAGCCCCGGCGAGCCCCCCGCGGAGGAGCGCCCUGCCGGGGCCCUGGACGCCGAGCACCCUGGGCCCGAGCACCCUGGGCCCGAAGCCGCGGCCGCGCCGCAGGGGGGCCCCGAGAGGCGGGCGCGGGGCGGCGGCGAGCUGCGGGCCGUCAGGUUCUCCGUGUCGUCGGGCCGCGCGUGGCCCCGCUCGGGCAGCGGCCGCCUGCUGGAGCGCGCCGGCCCCGCGGGGCCCCCGGCCGGCCGCCUGCCGCUGCUCCGGAGCGGCCUGGCCUGGAAGAGCGAGGCGGCGCUCGACGACCUGCGGGCGCCCCCGGCGGCCCCCGCCGCGGGAGAGCCGUGCCCGGCCGGCCGCGAGCCGCCCGCGGGGGAGGACCGGGGCCCCUUCCCGGUCAAGCUGCGCUCCACCUCCCUGUCCUUGAAGCACAGGGAGGCGGCCUCCGCCGACGGCCGCGCGGGCAAGAGAUACAGCGCGGAAGCCCGGGGAGAAAAGGGGGGGCUGGCUCUGCCCCCCAGGGACGAGAGAGGCCAGGCCAAGGCCCCCUCCCCCCGAGGGGCCCGGCCCCCGCACGAGCCCGGGAAGGGGCGGGCGCGGCCGUCGGAGCCGCUCAGCGCCAAGCCGCCGCUGCCCAGGAAGCCGCUGCUGCAGGGCCGCCCCCUGCCGCCCCCGGACGCGGGCCCCGGCGAGCCGGCCCAGGGCGCGGAGCCCCGGCGGGAGCCCGGGCGGGAGCCCCGGCGGGCCGAGGCGCGGUCGCCGCACCGGGCAGCGGAGAAGGGGCCGCCUCCUGCCGCCGAGGGCCAGCCUGCUCCACCCUGGAUCACCAUCGCUCGGCAGAAGCGACGAGGGACCUCGGACCAGCCCCCAAACCAGGACGACAAGGCCGACAAGGCCGGGGCCCGCACGGGGAAGGCUGAAAUAGGAAAGCCCUCCAAGGCGCCCGAGAGAGCCCAGGAGCCCAUGAAACAAGCUGACUUUGUCCGCAGCAAGUCUUUCCUGGUGGCUCCAGCCAAGCCCACUGUGGACCGGAGGCAAGGGACAAAGCUCUGCCUCCAGGAGGGGCUGCAACGAGGAAUCUCAUUGUCCCACCAGAACUUGGCUCAGUCUGCAGUGAUGACGGAGAAAGAAUUGCAUCAGCUGAAGAGAGCCAGUUAUGCCAGCACAGAUCAGCCAUCCUGGAUGGAACUUGCCAGAAAGAAAUCUCAAGCUUGGAGUGACAUGCCCCAAAUUAUAAAAUAGGCUGACAGCCUGCUGCUACAGAAUGUCCACUACCUUGACGGGUCACUUUAGUCAAAAACUGCCAGUAAAUCAAGACAAACAAACUGUGAAGCUGAAGAGUGAUUUUAUCAUCAAGUUAUGGGAGAGCAAGCUUGGGGAAGAGGAAGGAACCAGGCCAACAAAGACAGACACACAGCCGCAACCCUGGGCCAGAGGUGCCCUAAAACAAGAACACCAUUGAAAAGGGCCAGGAACAAGGUCCUGUGCCCAAAGGUAUGAAUGUGAGUCUUUGAGAAUUGCCUUGAUAAAGAGGGCGUGGACAGGAAGAGAGUAGAAGCAAAGAAGCGAACUAUGAAUGCCUAAGUCAGAAGCGCCUGCAAGGUCAGAGGAGACCGAGGUCUUCUAGGAGGACAUGUCUCUAUGCUUCCACCUGAGAUCAACCUGUGUCUCUGGUUCUUGUCUUGCCUGUGGACCCCGUCUUCUCCUUUCAUGUUUACUAUUAGGCAUGACAUUUUUGGUAAAACAGGGAUGCCGUUUCCAAGAGCAGCUAUAAAACAGUUUUCCUGAAGAUAGUCACUCUCAGGAGUGGAAGGAACAUAGCCAGGUUCAGCAAUUCACAGACUGUUUCCAAAAAUAAUUUUUAAACUUUUCCACAAGGCAUCUGUGUCCUUAACCAUUGCACAAUGCAUUGCCUGUUCAAUAAAAGGUUUCAAACAUGC